AUGGCCGACACGCACCCGAACAAGGGCAAGGGAGUCGCGAAGUGGACAAAGGACCACGACGUGAGGUCACCAUCUCUUCGGUCGCUGACAUCCCAGGCCCUGCUCGUGCAGGGCAUGAUCGAACUCUUGCUGCAGAAGCCCAACAGGGCUGCUUUGUACGCGCUGCCCGGCAUCGUCGGCGAGGUCGACAACAACGGCGGCGACCGCGUCAAUAAGAAGAUCAAGGAGAUCCUGCGCAACCUCGCCAAGACGAACGGAGUCGAUGCCAGCGUUGUCAACGCUGCCACGGCGAAGCGUGCUGGCCCAGGAGAAGGCUCCAAGCCUCGCAAGCGCGCUAGAAAGGUCAAAGAGGAGAAUGAGAUCAAAGAGGAAGAUGAAAUUGAGGACGAGGACGAGUAG